AUGCUGGCUGGGUUCAGGGUUAUUGAAGAAUACAAAACCAUGGCUAGAGAUCUGGAUGAGGGACCCGACUAUCUUCUCGAUGACUUGGAUCAACAGCUUUCGCAAUCCCGAUUACAGCCACAAGAAACAGAUAUUAAACCACAAAUAAACUUUGAAUAUUUCGACGGUCAAAACUACCCCUUCUUCCAGUCAAUGACAGACAGCAUUAGCAGCAGCGACAGUAGUAACAGCAGCAGCAGCAGCAACAGCAGCAGCAGCAACAGUACAGGUUUUGGACUCGUCAAAUCCCACCACUGCAGCAGUAAUUAUUACUCCAGUGAUAACUACAAGCCUCAUCAGCACAACGUUGAUCAUCAGUUCGUUUCUAACACCUCCUUGGUGACAUCGUCAACACCGCCUUCAUUCUUAACAUUCCAGCCAUCAUCAGCCCAAACGACAGCUGCGAUGAAUACUUCCACAUUCACAUCUGUAACCAGGUCCACUUUGCCGCCACAAAUUAACACUCUCAUCUCCGAAACUGAAAGCAGCAGUAACAGUUGCAUGCCCAACUUUGACAUUCUUACCGACACUGAUGCUUCGCUGAGAGGACUUUGCUCCCCAGAAGCCAACCCACAGUACAUCGACCUCGACAGUCAACAAGAAUCUAUGUAUAACGAAUACCAGUCAAUGCCAGAACAGAAUAAGUCAGGAAUUGUUUUCGAGGAGACCAAGAGAUUGGAAGAAGCCGCCAUUCUAAUGAUGGAUACAAUCUACAAAGACUGCAACAGUUUGAAAGUUCCAUAUGACCCCAUGAUGUGGACCCCAGACCACGCGAGGAGGUGGGUCUCCUGGGUGUGUCACAGGAAUGGAGUUCCCGAUGUCUCGGCGCACUUGUCUAACUCUGAUGGUCCCACGCUGUGCUCCUUAUCUCAAGAAUACUUCUAUUUCCUGUGUGGUGACUCGGGCAUCAAACUCUCCAAUGAACUGGAGCUGUGGAAAGCAGCAAAUACCUGCUUCCCCAACCAGACCUACUUUACCGGCAGCAAUGAACAAGGAAUCCUCCCAGCACAACCGAUGCAUACUGGGAGCUCUCAGAACUUCAACCUGGCAACAUGUGUGUCCCCGGCGCUGAGUUCAUGCAGCAGUAACCAUGACAGCAACACUAGCAUCUCCACACACUCAGACAUCAGCGAUGAUGAGAGCCGGUCUGGCUACCAGAUGGCACACAGCUCUACACUAGACAGGUUUCGCGAGGAUAACGGCUACAGUAAAAUCUUACACAAAAUUCCAACUGGUAGAGGCCAUAAGCAAACGAUCCAUCUGUGGCAGUUCCUGAAAGAACUGCUGCUUUCCAAGGACGUCAACUACAGUGACUGCAUCCGCUGGCUCGACCGCAAAACUGGAGUCUUUAAGAUUGAGGAUUCCAAGAAAGUUGCCAUGUUGUGGGGUGCCAGAAAGAAUCGUCCCGCCAUGAAUUACGACAAAUUAAGCCGAUCCGUGCGACAGUACUACAAGAAAGGUAUUAUCAAGAAGACAGAACAGUCUAAACGUCUUGUUUAUCAGUUCUGUCCAGGCUACAAUUAG